UUCUCUCUCCCGUCACCUCCCCACUUUCCUACCCCUUUCACUUCCCUUUCCCCCCUCUCUCCUCUCAAAUCUCCGCGUAGGCGCGAUCCAUAGCCCUAAAGAUCAAAUUUUUAGGGCAAAAGGCCCCUCUUUUUAGCUCCAAUUCUUCGUAUUUUCCCCGGAUUCUUCGACCCUAGCUCGAUCUCUCGCCGAGGAAGAGAGAGAGAGAGAGAGAGAGAGAGAGGGAGGAAGGACAUGGGCAAUUGCAUGAACACAUCGACAAGGGUCGAUAACGCACUGAACUCGCACCAUCCCGCAUAUCCAUCGAAAGUCACCAGCAAAACAAGUUUAUCGUCAGUUCCUUCUAAUUUGACCAAAUGUUCAAGUCCAUCAACUUUGACCAUCCCUUCAUACGGUGAAAGGAGUGAGAGUCUUCCAACUCCUCAAACGGAAGGUGAAAUUUUGUUGUCUGCGAACUUGAAGGCCUUCUCAUUCAAUGACCUAAGAAAUGCAACUAGAAACUUUCGGCCAGAUAGCCUUCUUGGGGAAGGAGGAUUUGGGUAUGUGUACAAAGGUUGGAUUAAUGAGCAAACCUUAGCCCCUUCAAAACCCGGAUCUGGUAUGGUUGUUGCGGUUAAGAAGUUGAAACCAGAAGGUUUCCAAGGCCACAGGGAAUGGCUGACAGAGGUAAACUACCUUGGUCGGCUUCACCACCCGAAUUUGGUUAAGCUCAUUGGGUACUGCUCAGAUGGCGACGACCGGCUUUUGGUUUAUGAGUUUAUGUCGAAAGGAAGUUUGGAGAAUCAUCUUUUCAGAAGAGGGCCUCAGCCUCUAUCAUGGGCAAUAAGGAUUAAAGUUGCUAUUGGUGCUGCGAGGGGUCUCUCUUUUUUGCAUGAUGCCGAAUGCCAAGUAAUUUAUCGGGAUGUUAAGGCCUCAAAUAUUCUUUUAGAUUCGGAAUAUAAUGCGAAGCUUUCGGAUUUUGGCUUGGCAAAAGCUGGACCGACUGGUGAUAAAACUCAUGUCUCUACGCAGGUCAUGGGCACCCAUGGAUAUGCAGCCCCAGAAUACAUUGCAACAGGUCGUCUCACCGCGAAGGCUGAUGUCUACAGCUUCGGUGUUGUGUUGUUGGAAUUAUUAUCGGGUAGACGUGCUCUGGAUAAAUCAAAAGUAGGCAUCGAACAAAACUUGGUCGAUUGGGUUCGACCUUAUUUGAACGACAAGCGUAAGCUAUACCGCAUAAUGGACACGAAAUUAGAAGGCCAAUAUCCCAAGAAAGGAGCCCACGCACUAGCUAAUAUUGCUUCUCAGUGCAUUCAAAAUGAGGCUAAGAUCCGGCCCCGCAUGUCAGAGGUCUUGGCUUCGUUAGAGCAGUUGCAAGACCCGAAGUUUGGGGUAUUGCCACCGCAGAUCGAGAAAAGCAAGGUCUCUAAUACUAACACUGUUAUGAAAUCACCGGUGAGGAGCCACCCUUCGCCGCAUUGGUCGUCAGCCGGCGGAUCCCCAUUGCCGCCGCAUAGAAGAUCAGCUCAAAUACAUUGAUGAAUAAGAGAGGGAUAUUCUAUCUGAUAUCCGGUUGUAUAUUUUCCUGAGUGUUAGUUAGGGAAAGUCAUUUCCCCUUGUAAUGGGUGCUUAAUGUUGUAAUUUUCAUUUGAUUUUGUCUGAAGGAGCCCUCGGGUUCUUGGGAAAGUGUGUUUACUUGAGAGUAGGUGAAAAUGGUUCUUCUUGCAAUUAGUUUUGUCUUCUCCGAUCCCUCGAUUCACGGACUACGCGUAACAUAGCAGGUAUCCAAACCUUGUUAUCUUAUUAUGUAAUGCCUCACUUGCAGAUUUCAAAUGGAAAGUAUGAUCAUCUUCUUCUGCUGCUUCGA